AUGACUCCCACACCACCGUCAACUACGCCCUCUUCAGGAUCGGGUCGCUCUCCUGAAGAGCAGUUCCGCGUCGUGAGAAAAAGGAACAGAGUUCCUCUUAGCUGUUACCCUUGUCGAACUAGGAAGAAGUGCGAUAGGGGUCACCCAUGCAGUAACUGUGUGAAACGUGAGGGCGGCGACGCGUCAUCAUGUUCUUACGCGACUCCCUCCGCUCGUAAAAAGACUCAAAGUCAAGGCGCUUCGAGCCCUGACGAUAUGCAGAACCGUAUUGAUCGCCUAGAAGGCCUAGUUUUGUCUCUAAUGCACGGAGGUGCCACUAUUGACCCCUCCGUUGCUACUGCUGCCGCAACAGGCACGUCGACUGGGAAAUCGCAUACCGACAGCACACCUCCAUCGGCAAAGGUAGACCCCGACGACGAAGCACAAAUGCGCGACGAUGAGGACGACGACAGUGACCCAGAUGGCGAGUUAGCAACUUCUCUGGGCGUUCUGAAAGUCGACACAGAAAAGGGGAAAUCUAUGUAUGUCGGUCAAGAGCAUUGGCACACGAUAUUGAAGGAUAUAUCGGAGGUGAAGACUUACUUCAACAACCACAAAAAAGAGCUGGAGAAGAGUUACGAGAAGGUCAUGAUGUCAAAACCGGCCAGCGCUAGAGAUGGGCCUACAUUUCUCCUAGGUGCAACGCCCGCCAGCGAGGUUGAGCUGCGAGCAGAGCUGCCGUCCAAGUCGGCCAUCCUGACUCUCUGCUCGAGAUACUUUAACUCGAUGGACAAUGCGGUGAGCAUCAUUCACGCGCCGACGUUCCAGCAACAACUCCGUGCCCACUGGACAGAUCCCUCAAAAACCCCAAUCAUGUGGCUAGGGCUUCUGUACUCGAUCUUGUGCCUCGCCAUGCUGAGCUAUCAUAAGGCUGGGGAUGAGCCGCCUGAGUGGAAGGGGAGAUCGCUCGAUUUGGCCUCGGAGUACCGGCUGCGGACCGUCCAGUGCUUGGUCGCGGCUGAUUAUACCAAGCCAGUUGAGUAUACAGUAGAGACCAUGCUGCUCUACGUUUUUGGGGAAUACUCAUCAAGAUGGGAUGCAGACCUGAGUAUCUGGUUGAUCGUCUCCCUGCUCAUCAGAGUUGCUUUCCGGAUGGGCUACCACCGCGAUGCAAAGUGGUUCCCUACGAUAGCACCUUUCCAAGCUGAAAUGAGACGGCGAACGUGGGCAUUGGUGAGGAUGGCCGAUGUGUUCUUUUCGCAUCAAGUCGGCCUGCCGUCGAUGAUUUACGGCCACGACUGCGACACUCAGUUGCCGACUAAUAUCUUCGACGAGGAGUUUGGACCGGACACAAAGAUCCUGCCUCCUUCGCGACCGAAUACGGAGCCUACUCCGAUAGCCUAUAUGAUCGCAAAAGUAAGGCUAUCCACCGAGAUGGGCGACAUAUUACAGGCAACGAAUCGGGUGGGCAGACAACUACCGUAUGACGAAAUUCUGCGGUUUGAUGCCCGUCUUCGGGAAAUCAACGAUGAGCUCCCGCCGCAUCUCAAAGUGAUUCCCUUGGAGGGCUCACACGACCCUGUCACUCUGAUCAUCGCGAGGUUCAACAUCAACAUCCUGUAUAACAAGAUCGUCUGCUUGCUGCACAAGAAGUAUGUUCCACGGGCUAGACAAAACCCGCGCUAUGCCUACUCACGCAGGACUGCGGUCGAGGCUGCUUUGGAGACGUUGCGGCAUUUGAUCACCUUGGAUCGGGAAUCCCAGCCAAAUGGCAGACUUAGGUCUAUAAGGUGGUUUGUGAACUCGAUAGCGACUAAGGAAUUUCUUCUCUCGGCCAUGCUGGUCGCUCUCGACCUCCACUUCGAUCGAGUUGCCGAGACGAGCAACGAUCAUAGAGCGCCCGAGACUGCUAUGUUCUGGACGCCAGAGCAAAGGAUGGAGAUGAUCAGGAGCCUCGAGCUUACCAAGGAUAUAUGGGCAGGUCUCGCCGACGGAUCGAUGGAGGCCUACAAGGCGUCAAAGAUUCUGGAGAUCAUGCUGCUGAAGAUCAAGAGCCCGAACGCCAUGGAGGAGGCGUUCAAGAACGAAUCGUUCCCGACUUUCGACAGCAGCCCUAAGAUGGAGAAGGAGUACGAUGCCGCUAUGACAUUGGACAUGCUCUCCGGAGGAAUGACGCCCAAUACGGCAGCUGCAAUCGAGAGCAGCUUGCAGGCGUCGACCAACUUGGAAGGCAGCAUGAAUUUCGGCGUGCCGAUACCCAUGGGAGGGGCAGGCAUGACACCCAACUUUCAAGGCGAUUUUGGUUUGAACAAUGCGGGGUCCCCGUUCUCAAUGUUUACGAACCUUGAGGCCGGCGCAGAUUUCCCCGCUAACUUCGACUGGAACGCAUUCGAGACGUACACCCAGAACGCCAACUGGGCUCCCGACGCCGGGUUUCAACAGAUCUAUCCGGGUCAGUCGUCGCCGGAAACAGAUGUCUCGGGGAUGCUCUUUGGUGGCGCCAACAACAACAUGGCUGGCUAG